AAUGACAAACUGUUAUGAUACAUUUGAAUUUAACUCUUUGUAGCAUCCUGAUGGUCAAGGUACAAACAUACAAACAUACAAGUGUUCUGUUCAACUUAUUUCAUUGAGUAAGCAUUAUACAACCACUCAGCAUUAAUCUCACUCUUGACCCAGGACUUUUACCUCCAGGUAAUUAAGACUGACUUAUUCAGCAGGCCAUUUAAUAUCUAUUCAGACACAAUGUGGCUUAUAUAAAACUUGUGAAAUCACCUUGUUGUAGUCAACAUGUGAUGCCGAAAAGCUGCUUAAUUAAACGAACCACAUCACUCCUCCCAGAGUAGAUCAAAUAAAUUGAGUAGCUGUGAAGUGAACCUCACUGUCCACUGCCUUCCACCAUGAUCGCUCUCAGAUUGUUUAAUUUGUUCUUCAUCACCUCAACACUGGAGGAUGAGUGUAAAGAAGACAGAGGGAUGAAAACUUACGAUAUCUCCCUUUACAAGCGUGGUGACCUUUUGGUGGUAUCCAGGACUCUUUUCAAACAUUUUGGAAUCUACUUAGGUGAAGGUCGCAUAGCUCAUUUUAUCCCAGACAUCCUACCAGUGUUCACUAAAGAAAAGUCCAUUGUUGCGAAGAUGGUGACCAACAAAAGACUCAUUUUUGGAGUUUUGGCCAAGGCAGCCAGUGUUCGUGUAGACUCUUUGGCUGAUUUUGCAUAUGGUGCUCAGAUUCAGGUCAAUAGUACAGAUAGUAUGGUCAGUGUACAGCCACUGAAUGGUGAGGAAGUGGCACAGCGGGCAGAGAAGCUGAUUGGAUCUUUCUCGUACAGCUUACUGUGGCACAACUGCGAACACUAUGUCAUGUUUUGCCGCUAUGGUGUUGCAUUUAGCUUCCAAACCUUCCAGUUCUGCAAAACUGUAAGGACAAUUCUCUUAAGCAGGAAGAUGGCCUUCCUGUCAGCUAUAAUCGGGGUCUUCAUCAUUUUAUAUCUAGGCGCUAUGACACCUUUCACCACCCUCCCCAUUGUCAUCAUCCCCUUUACCAUCUGGAUGGCAUCUUGAAGACACUCCGGGUGGAAUUUGUCCUUUAAUGUUUAAAGAGCCACAAAAGCAUCAAGGCAUUUACUCUGUCAACGACUGCCAUUCAGGCUACAAAAUA